CAUACUAUCUAUCUAUCUAGAGAAGAGAGGUGAAGUUCUACAAUGGGGAGCGGCGGCGGCAGCGACGUGGAAGCAGGGUUUGCAAAGCUACAAGGCGAAGACUUUGAGUACUUCAUGCAAACCUACUCCAUAAUUCUAGGUCGAAACAGCAAGAAAUCCACGGUCGAUGUCGAUCUCUCCUCCCUCGGAGGUGGAAUGAAUAUCUCUCGCAACCACGCUCGCAUCUUCUACGAUUUCCAGCGCCGCCGAUUUGCCCUAGAGGUCUUAGGAAAAAAUGGUUGCUUUGUCGAGGGUGUCCUUCAUCUUCCUGGGACACCCCCUGUCAAGCUUGAUUCGCAAGAUCUCCUUCAAAUCGGAGACAAGGAAUUCUAUUUUCUCUUACCUGUUCGAAGCAUUCUUGGCGGUCCGAUCGGUCCUCGCCACCAUGCCAGUCAACCCUCUUCACAUCACCACCAUUUGCCGCCGCCUGCUGCUUCUGCGCCGAUGAGGGCUGUUGUAGCCCCUUCGCCGCCUAGGGCGAGUUAUGGUUCUUCGAAGAAGAGUUCGACUUCUAGGGCUGUGAGUAAUGAGUAUUUUGAGGAUGAUAUGGACGAUGAUAAUGAUCGAGGCGAUGGUGCGGAUAAGGUUGUUUGUAAGAAGAUGAGAAGAGGAGAGGGGAAUGAAGGCUACCGUUAUGGUUCGGGUGGUAAGGCUGCUAUGCAGGGGAGUCUAGAUCGCAAAGUUGAGGCGAGAUCAAGAGUUGACAGAGAUUCUGACAAUCAGCAGCUUCUGCAGUUGGAAGAAAAGGACAUUGUAUCGUCUGUAGCAACUGUUCUUUCAGAUCUUUGUGGCCCUGGGGAAUGGAUGGCGAUGGACAAACUUCAUUCAGAGUUGUGGGAACAGUAUGGGUCAGUUUGGCAUCACAGUCGAGUAAGGCGAUACCUGACAAGUGAGGAUUAUCAUCCUCCUGCUGGUUCUCCAGAAACCAAAGGAGUAAAGCAGCCAUGGUAUGGGUUGCUUAUGUUGUUGAGGAAAUACCCUGAACAUUUUGUCAUCAACACUCGAUCUAAGGGGAGGUUCACACAAGAGUUUGUCUCUCUCGUCUCUCUACUCUCAUGAUCAUUCGAUCAGUUGAAGAUCGCAGUCAAGUUUGUAUGUUCUAUUUCUUUUAGAUUUGGAAAAUAUGGAUUUUCUUAUAGAUUUAACAAAAUUUCAUGUG